AUGAAAUCUACAACGUCAAAACUUGUCAUUAUUGUCUUAUUUUUCGUGGAUACUGCUCAAGUGGCUGCUAGUGCUGAUUUCGUUCACUUACGUCCACAAGGUCAUUGGCCACAUUGGCUGGCCGAAUCCAGUGAUAAUCGAGAUGAUGCACUGAAAAUAUGGAAUAAAGAAAAACUGACUAGUGGAUCCAGUGAAAGCCGUACGACUCCGUCACCAAUCGAAAUGUUACAUUCGAAACCAUCAUUCAAAGGAUGUACUGAUCCAUCUGAACCAUUUCAAUGUCCACAAAGUGAACGAUGUAUUGCUUUACAGUUUAUUUGCGAUGGUCAACCAAAUGAUUGUCCUGAUAAUAAUGAUGAAAAUGAAGAGACAUGUAUAGCAGUCAAAAGACCAGCAAAAGAAAACAUUGAAAAUUUUCUUCGUGCUGUGUAUACGUUACAUGGUUUACGAUUGUUUACAUUUUUAUUCGGUCAAACUUUUUCUAAAACUAUUAAAAAGAAUAUGUCAUAUUGGUUGGAAGCUUUAGCCUCGGCAUUUUCAGUAUCGAAAAAUAUUCGUAUUUUUGGUACAAAAUUACGAAUGCCAUCAAAAGAUCUUGCACAUUUUCGGCGUAUCAUACAAAAAAUUCACCAAGGACUGUUGGAAGAAAUCCCAUUAUUUGCACAGGAAGCCGUAAAUCAAGGAUUGGCGUCAUUGAUUGAAAAACUUCAUAAAUCCGGAUUCAUGGAAGAAUAA